AUGUCGUCCAUCCAAGAUGUCCCCCAGCUCAGCUUUUGGGAAAAGGCAAAUAUCCCAUUCCUGCACCUAUCAAUGUACGCCACCAUGAUGUACGCUGCCACUACUGGUCUUUUCCGGGGUAAAGCCAGCCCCAAGCGCUAUGACCAACACAUUCUGGCCGCCGUGACUCGGGGAAUCUUUGAUCGUAGGUCUGAUAAACAGAUGAAUGAGAAUGAACAAGCCAUUGACUUUCUACUAUCGCACAGGUACCUCACUCUCCCGACUUCAGCGGUCUACGCAGCCGUCAUGAAAAAGCACGGUCUUCAACCCGAGACCGUCACACUGCCACACAACACAGAGGGCCACUGGAUUGGAAAUAAGGAUGCCAAGACUGUGAUCAUCUACUACCACGGUGGCGGUUUCGCCUUGCCCGCCGUCCCAGCCCACUUCGACUUCUGGGUCGAGAUGCUGCAAUCUUUGAACGAAACCGGCCAUGACCUAGCCGUAUUCUUCCUCCGAUACACACUAACCCCACACGCAAAGUACCCAACCCAGCUCCGGCAAGCAGUUGAAGCCCUGCGCUACAUCGUCAACGAGACGGGCCGUUCACCGGCCAACGUGAUUCUCGGCGGGGACUCGGCAGGCGGGAACCUAGCCGCAGCGACGCUGCUGCACCUUUCUCAUCCACACGCGCAGAUCGAUCCAUUGGCGCUGUCGGCCCCGUUAGCCGGCGUCUUUACUUGGGCGCCGUGGGUAGACUUCAGCACGGAGUGGCCGUCGAUGAAGGAUAACCUAUGGAAGGAUAUUCUUACGCCGGCGAUUUUGACGAGGUGGUCUACUUCGUACCGUGGGGAUAGCCCGGCGGAUAUUUGGAUUGAGCCGUUUAAUGCGCCGGCUGAGUGCUGGAGUGGUGCGAAGACGGAGAGGAUUUUAGUUCUUGCUGGUGGGGAUGAGAUCUUGCUUUCACCUGUCCAGGAAUUCGUGAAGAAGAUCAAAUCAGCUUUUGAGCAGACUACAUUUGUCGUUGCGGAUGAUGAGAUACAUAUUGCGCCGUUUUAUGGUAUUUCUAUGGAGACUCAGACAGGUUCGGAGUUGAGACAGUGGUUGGCUGCUUGGCUGUGA